AAUCCUCAACCAAAACCCCCAAAACCCUACUCUCCAAACCCCCUGUCCUCUCUCUCUUCUCCACUUCUCUACUCGUUUACAGUGUUACAGUCACAGAAACUGAAACUUUUUUCCUUAUCCCCACCCUAGGCCCCUACGGCACUCAAUCCCCCCAUAAAUUUCAUGGCUAGUUCAAAACUGUAAUUAAAGAAGGCAUCAAUUCUCUAUCCAUGGCUACAAAGAGGAAAAAGCAGGGCGGUAAUAAGCAGAAUUUUGAUGAGUGUGCAUUUAAAAAUGGAGGUAAUGGUAAUAGUAAUCACAGAAACUGUAAAAAGGCGGGAAAAAGGCAGCAGCAGCAGCAAAAGUUUAUGAAUGAAAAUGAUUAUCGGCUAAGGCUUCAGGAGGUUUUGUUUAAUUCAGAUUAUAUUCUUCAGAAGAUUUUUAGGAAGGAUGGCCCCGCUCUUGGCUUCGAGUUCGAUUCCCUUCCGGAAAAUGCCUUUCGUUAUUGCAGGCCAGGCUCCAGAAAGUCUCACCGCACCUGCCAAGAGAACCAAAGAACAUUUAAAAGGCAAAAGGUUUCUACACCUUUGGACUACCAAGCUUGUCCUGAGCCAAGAAGUACUACAAUUAAGCAUGGCAUUGGGAAAGGUUUGAUGGCCAAGAAUGGCACUCCAGUAAAGAGACAUGGCAUUGGGAAAGGUUUGAUGACUAAGAAGAGCGCUCCUAUGAAAAAACAUGGAAUCGGGAAAGGUUUAAUGACUGUUUGGCGAGUAACUAACCCUGAUGGUGGAGAUUUUCCUACUGGUAUUGGAAGUUCUACAUUCUCAAAUUUCUCUCUCCUAGCAAAAAAGAAGAGCUUGCAACGGAGGCAGUCUCUUAUGAGAAAAUUAGGAAAAAGAUUACAGGAGAAGAAGAAGGCUUCUGUAAGAUGUCGAAAGGAAAUUCAUGGCAUGGGUGCAAGUGGGAGAUUUGAACAACGGAAGCAGGCUCGCAAGGAAAAAUGUGAACUGGCUCUUGAAGGAUUGACAUGCGAAGAAAACCUUGACCAAUUAGUAAAUCUGGAGGAUGAUGAAGAGCUGGAACUCAAAGAAUUGCAAGCUGGACCAAAUCCAUUAAGUUGCUCUGCACACCUUGCUACUAAUGGUUCUCAUGGUUGUUCCCUUUGCAAAGAUUUGCUUGCUAAGUUUCCUCCGGAUUCUGUUGUAAUGAAACGACCCCUGUAUGGACAACCUUGGGAUUCUUCUCCAGAGCUUGUUAAGAAACUUUUUAAGGUCUUCCAUUUCCUUUGCACGUAUGCUCUGAAAAUUGGUGUUUGCUCCUUUACUUUUGAUGAGUUUGCUCAAGGGUUUCAGGACAAGGACUCUUUGCUGCUUGGUCAAGUUCAUUUAGCCCUUCUGAAGGUUCUUUUAUCCGACAUUGAAAUGGAGCUUAACAGUGGAUUUUUUUCUCAUUCAAGCAAAAAUUCCAAGUUUUUGGAGUUGCUUCACUCAAUUGAUCAAGAAAAGCUUCUCCUGGAAUUGUGGCAAAGAGCGCUGAAUGCCUUGACUUGGACUGAGAUAUUACGACAGGUGCUAGUUGCAGCUGGUUUUGGUUCCAAAUGCGUUAGAUCAACUAGGGAAGCUCGCAACAAGGAAGUCAGCCUUAUGGCAAAAUAUGGCUUAAGUCCUGGAACGCUAAAGGGUGAACUAUUUAGUGUCUUGUUAAACCACGGAAAUAACGGUCUGAAAGUUUCUGAAUUGACAAAAAUUCCAUCAAUUGCAGAAUUGAAUAUAGCUGCUACAGCCGAUAAGCUAGAACUUUUAAUAAGCUCGACGCUGUCUAGUGACAUUACCUUAUUUGAAAGGAUUUCUUCUUCUGGAUAUCGCUUGCGUGUUAAUCCUGCUAUCAAGGAAUCUGAAAACUUUGUAUCAGAUUCUGAAGACUUUGGAAGUGUUGAUGAUGACUCUGAUACAGGUGGGGGCCACAGCAGUGCUGAGGACUCCGAGUGUGAGACCAGGAGUUCCCAUUCAAAUAAACUAAGACGAAGGAAAAAUUAUAUGUCUAACAAUAUGCUGACAGUUUCCACUGAAAUUGAUGAAAGCCAUCCAGGGGAGGUUUGGUUGCUGGGUCUCAUGGAAGGUGAAUAUUCAGAUUUAAGCAUUGAAGAGAAGCUGUGUGCUUUGCUGGCAUUAAUUGAUCUUGUCAGUUCCGGAUCCAGUGUUAGACUAGAGGAUCCAGUGGCAGCUAUUACUACAUUUGUGCCCAAUAUGACUCAACAUAGUACUGGUGCAAAAAUAAAGAGAUCAACAGCUAAGCAGUAUAACUUUCCCAGACAAGCUGGGGGCUAUUGUGGUGCAAAUGGCAGAGAUGCUACUUCAACAUCAGUGCUUAAUCCUAUUGAUUCUUUGGUUCUUAUGUCAAAGACUUCUGAGAGAGAGAGGUCAUGUAGCAUGAGAAAGGAUAAUAGAGAAAUGGAAGCUUCAGAAGACCUACAUCCUAUGCAGUCUAUAUAUCUGGGUUCCGACCGUAGGUAUAAUAGAUACUGGCUUUUCUUGGGCCCUUGUAAUGGAUCUGAUCCUGGGCAUAAGAGAAUUUAUUUUGAAUCCUCCGAAGAUGGAAACUGGGAGUUCAUUGAUAAUGAAGAGGCUUUGUGUAGUUUGGUGUCAUCUCUGGAUCGCAGGGGUCAACGUGAGGCUUUCCUCUUGUCGUCCUUGGAGAAACGAGAACUAUAUCUCUGCCGAGCAAUGUCCAAUGUAGUAAAUGAUGCUGGAAUCGGGCAGCUAAACCAUUCUGAUCAAUCUGAUCAGAAUACGUCCAGAGAAGAUAGUUUGUCAGCUGUGUCAGAUGUUGACAACAACCUAUCAUUGAUUGAAGUUCAGAAGGAUGUUCCCUCUGGUGCUGUUGUUUUUGAAAUGAGGAAAGCAGAACAACAGAGACAUAGAUGGAAUCUUACUCAAGCAUUUGAUAGAUGGAUAUGGAAAUCAUUUUAUUCUAACCUAAAUGCUGUUAAGCAUGGCAAAAGGUCAUAUGUUGAUUCUCUUACAAGAUGUGAACAUUGCCAUGACCUCUAUUGGCGAGAUGAGAAGCAUUGUAAGGUUUGCCAUACCACAUUUGAGCUUGAUUUUGAUCUAGAAGAGAGAUAUGCAGUUCAUACUGCCACGUGUCGGGGAAACUUGGAUGUUAAUAAGUUUCCAAGGCAUAAAGUCCUAUCUUCACAGUUGCAAUCACUCAAAGCUGCAAUUUGUGCAAUCGAGUCUGUUAUGCCUGGAGACCUAUUGGUUGAUUCAUGGGCAAAAUCUGCUCAUAAUCUUUGGGUGAAAAGGUUACGACGUGCCUCAACGUUGGCAGAGUGCCUGCAGGUUAUUGGUGACUUUGUCAGUGCUAUCAAUGAGGACUGUUUCUACCAAUGUGAUGAUUCUGUGGAGUCAAAUUGUGUUAUGGAAGAUAUUCUUUCUAGCUUUCCAACCAUGCCACAGACGUCUUCUGCAUUUGCAUUUUGGUUGGUGAAAUUGGAUGAGUUGAUUGCACCUCAUCUUGAAAGAGUUAAAUCUCAGAAUAAAUUGGAAGUAAUUAGAAGACUUGAAGGGAGCAGCGCUGCACAUUAGUAUUUUUUGUUCCGGAAGGUUGGAAAAGUAAUGCAGUGACAGCAGGAAGAUUUCCGCUCCUAUUCACUUCGUAUGGUUGUCUAUGCUGAUCUCGUAUGGUUGUUUACGCAACUCAUCGAAGAUAGUUAUGAUCGCAACCCAUUGAAGAUGACUGAAUACAGUGUAAAUCAGUUGCGACUUUUUCUAGGUUUCUGGAGGAAAAAGACACCAUUGGUCUUCCCAGGCUCAUUCAAUAUUUGUACAAAUGGUUUCGGCUAGUACCUGAAUACCUGAGUGAUCCGUUAGUGUACAGCAGUUAAAUGGUAAGCAUGAGUAUUGGCUCCCCACGAUCUACAAUUUUGUGACGCUUGUAUCUGCCAAAAGUGCAUUUGCUGAAAUCAUGGCACCUCAUUCUGUAUCAAAUAGUGCUGAAAUUCUCUUUUGGAAAGGUGGAAAUAAAAUUUUGUUCUGAUUCCAAAUCCACUCUGUAAAACCAGCUUUCGUAGCCUCGGCCAUCAGACCAAA